GAGCCCCCAGCGCUGAGGGAGCGGCGGCGCCUGGUCUGCGGGGAAACCUGCUUUUGUAUCGCUUAUCUCAGCAAGAACAAGCCUGUCCUCUCUUUUCCCCUCCCCAUAAGGAGCGCCCCUACUUAUCUCAUGCUUGCCAGGCCGUCCCUGGCUGCUCUCUCCACAUUUUUCUUUUCUGUGCGGUCUGCCCGUGGUUUUUUAAGCUUUUUAAGUUCAGUGUGGUAGCUACUGAUCAAGAACACGGCACGUCGAGCUGCUGUUUCCUACAGCAUUCAUUCUCGUGAAUUAACUGAGAAAUUGGUGCAAAUAUGGGUCCCCGGCGGAAAAAUGUGAAACCAAGUUCAGUAAACAGGGAAGGUUCUGAGUCUACCAAAGCUGAUGAGCCAAAAGAUUACAUGAACCAACUCUCUCAUGAAGUGCUUUGCCACAUCUUUAGGUACCUUCCCUUGCAGGAUAUCAUGUGCAUGGAAUGCCUGUCCCGGAAGCUGAAGGAAGCGGUGACGCUGUACCUGCGGGUGGUGAAGGUUGUGGAUCUGUGUGCAGGCCGCUGGUGGGAGUACAUGCCCACAGGUUUCACUGAUUCCAGUUUCCUAACGCUGCUGAGGAAGAUGCCAGACAUUGAACAACUUUAUGGUCUUCAUCCCAGGUAUCUUGAAAGACGCAGAGUCCGUGGCCAUGAAGCUUUCAGCAUUCCUGGAGUUUUAGAGGCUCUGCAGGCCUGUCCAAAUUUGCUGGGUGUUGAGACCUCUCAUUUAGAGCUGGUGGAAGCUAUUUGGACAUACAUGCCACAAGUUCACAUUUUAGGGAAGUUUCGUAAUCGUAAUGGUGCUUUUCCAAUUCCUCCUGAGAACAAGCUGAAAAUACCUGUAGGAGCUAAAAUUCAGACUUUGCACUUAGUAGGGGUGAAUGUCCCUGAGAUUCCUUGUAUUCCAAUGCUGAGGCACCUUUAUUUGAAGUGGGUGAGACUCACCAAACCACAGCCUUUUAAAGAUUUCCUUUGUAUCAGCUUACGUGCUUUUGUCAUGAGGAACUGUGCUGGACCCACAAAUUCUCUGAAGUACGUUCCCCUGGUGACAGGCCUGGCUUCUGCUCGAAAUUUGGAGCACUUAGAACUGGUUCGUGUUCCAUUUCUUGGAGGACUUAUCCAGCACGUGGUAGAAGAUAGCUGGAGAUCAGGUGGUUUUAGGAAUUUGCACACUAUAGUUCUGGGAGCUUGCAAGAAUGCACUUGAAGUGGAUCUUGGCUACCUCAUCAUAACUGCUGCACGAAGGUUGCACGAAGUGCGGAUCCAGCCUUCCUUGACCAAAGAUGGUGUUUUUUCUGCUUUGAAGAUGGCUGAACUGGAAUUUCCACAGUUUGAAACUCUUCAUCUAGGAUACGUUGAUGAGUUUUUAUUACAGUGUAAAAUGACGAGUACAGACUUGGUGAGGUACGGCUUGGCUGAUGUGGUUGAAAAUCCAGGAAUUAUUACAGAUAUUGGUAUGAAAGCUGUAAAUGAAGUUUUUUCUUUCAUCAAGUAUCUGGUCAUUUACAACUGCCCACAUCUACAUAACCCAAAUAAUUGGAUCACAGAUCACUCGAGGUGGACCCGCCUGGUUGACCUCACCCUGGUGCGCUGCCACGCCAUAAAGCUGGAUUCUUUUAGUCAGUUCAUCGAGUUAUUGCCAAGCUUAGAAUUCAUUUCUCUGGACCAGAUGUUUAGAGAACCUCCUAAGGGUUGUGCUCGUGUGGGCCUAAGUGCAGGCACAGGAAUUGGGGUCUCCUCUGCCCUAGUCAGCAAUCAGAACUCUAACAAUGACAAUGACAACAACAAUAACCACCAGAAUAACAAUAACCCAAACAUCCACCACAACAAUCACCAACACCCAAAUGACCAGAAUGAGGAGAAUGAGCUGCGGCAAGAUGGUCAAGCUGAGGAGCAGCAGAUUGCAGCUGAGGCACUGAAUGAGAUGGAGGAGGUGGCACAGGAAGAGGAGUUUGCUGCUGGGCAGGGCCAGAAUGAGCUCCCGGCUCACAGCCAAGCUGUUGUUCCUAUGGAGGUGGAUGAAGAGCAAGCAGGACCAAGUGGCAUUCAGCCUGUUGUAAAAGCAACACCUAUUACUAUCCAUGAUUCAGACAGUGAAGAUGAGGAGGAAAACAUGGGGACUUCAAGAGCCUGCAUCUCCAACAGCAUUGCACAGAAUUACUCAGAUGGAGAAGAGAAAAGCAGAGAUCCAGUGGAAACUAGAGAACCUUCAGUGAGUGGUAAAGGCAAGACACCCCUGCGGAAAAGAUGCAGUGCCAGCCAAGGGGGCCAGACAAAGCAGUUCCACACGGAGGAAAGCAGCUGUGAAAAAGGCUGUCAAGUAACCAGUGAGCAGAUUAAAGCAGACAUGAAAGCAGCAAGUGACAUGCCUGAAAGGAACAAAAGCAAAGAUCCUUAUGCAAGCUGCAGUAAUGCUACAGGAUCAACGGGAACAUCCAGCUCCUGCAGUGCUGCUUCUCCUAGCCCUGACUGUGCACAGACAGCUCAUGGCCACUGUGCUGGCACCAGCCCAGCAGCUGGAGAGGAAUCCAGGCAGUGUGUCUGCUCGCCUUGUAAACGGGAAGGUUCCAGUGAGAGAGAGACUGAGGAGAGCUCUGUUUGUUCCAGGUGUUCCUCCUACAAGCCUCAGGACACACAGCAGAGGACUAGUGGGGGUUGUGAUGGGGAAUGUCCAUCCACGAGCGGAGCCUGCAGGAACGGACCAAGCAGCGCUGGGGCAGAUUUUGCACUUAGGACACGGCCAAACUGUGGGGCUGCAGGAGACACAGGGGAGGAGAGGACUAGUGGGAGUGCCUGCGGGGCUGCCAGCGAGGAGCAGAGCACGGGCACACAGCCCAGGAGCUGUGAGCUGGAGGACAAGGAGGAGUAUCCUCGCCGACCACUAACCAGAGCCAGGAGCAAGCUGACCCACGUCCCUCUGGUGUCGGAGCCAGAAGUAGCCAAGCCAAAGCCACGGCAAACUACCAAGAGGAAAAGGACAGCUGACAAGUCCACAAGUACAAGUGACCCAGUUAUUGAAGAUGAUCAUGUUCAAGUACUGACUUUGAAAUCCAAAAACCUUGUAGGAAUCACGUUGACCAAUUGUGGAAUAACAGAUUUGGUACUGAAAGACUGCCCCAAAAUGAUGUUCAUACAUGCUACAAGGUGCCGUGUGUUGAAACACUUGAAAGUAGAAAAUGCACCAGUUGUCAAUCGGUUUGACUAUGCCCAGUGCAAGAAGUUAAACAUGGAUCAGGUUCUGGAUCAGAUUCUCAGGAUGCCACCAGAAAGAAACAGGAUCAUUUAUCUUCGUCCAAUGCAGCAGGUUGACACAUUGACUCUGGAGCAGAAGAUCUUUAGUGGCCCUUAUCCCUACCACAUCUGCAUCAUUCAUGAGUUCAGUAACCCCCCCAAUGUCCGCAACAAGGUGCGAGUUCGGAGCUGGAUGGACACGAUAGCAAAUAUCAACCAAGAGCUUAUUAAAUAUGAGUUCUUCCCUGAAGCUACACGAACUGAAGAAGACCUGAAGAAAUACACUAAGUACCCUUGGGGACGAGAUAUUUACACUCUAGAAGGCAUUGUGGAUGGUGCUCCUUACUCCAUGAUCACUGACUUCCCGUGGCUGAGGUCCCUGAGAACAGCAGAGCCCAACAGCUAUGCCAGAUAUGACUUUGAGGAUGAUGAAAGAACUACUAUCUAUGCCCCCCGGAGGAAGGGCCAGCUGUCUGCAGACAUCUGCAUGGAGACCAUCGGGGAGGAGAUCUCGGAGCUGCGGCAGAUGAAGAAAGGUGUGUUCCAGCGCGUCGUGGCCAUUUUCAUCCACUACUGUGACGUCAACGGGGAGCCCGUGGAGGACGACUACAUCUGAGGGGUGCUCCCCCAGCCUGGCACCCCCCCCCUCAGUUCUCAUUGGCACUGCUGGCCAAGAAAGCAGGUGGAUCCUUUCCGAAUGCAAAGCAUUUUCUUGAAACACAUACUUUGCAGUUGCUCUCACUCAUUUUGGAAAAAAGAUUAUGUAGUUAAAUGUAUAAUGAAAAGUAAAAAUUGUAUACUAAGAUUUGUACAUAGAGGAAACAAAAGAAAAAAAAACUUCCUAAUACUGAGACUUUAUUUCAUAUGUUUAUACAAUUUAAUUUAAAUUCCAUUUUAAUGAAGGCCAAUAAUUAGGAACAGGGAAGAAUAUUUGAACUUUUCAGCCCAUACAAUUCAUAGCAGUAUUUUUUUUCCUUAUAAACAGAAUUCCAUUUGCUGUGUUCAAAAGAGUCAUCAGAGUCUCUUUUAAUCUGUGCCUUUUUCUUGAGCAUUUAAGAGUCCAGUCUGAGUAAACCUGUUGAGCACAAUCUUUGUGUCUUGUGUGCAUUUUUCAAAGGGACAGAAUAUUCUGCAGCUGUUGCAAAGAAGGCCAGAAGCAGGAAAAAAUGUAGCAAAGUUGGUGAUCUGUGGUAGUUUCUAGAAUUAUCGAAUACAUUUUGGGGGAAAGGAAAACCCCCAUGUUUAGCACCUUGGAAACAGAAGAUAUGUUCUAAAACAUUUUGUACUGUUCAGUUUCAUUUUAAUAGUGUAUUUGACUCUGUACUAUGAAAAGUAAGUUGCUAAUUGUUGGUUCCACUCUCUUUAACAUGAAUUUGCACAUACUAGCUGGCUGUAAGCUGAAUUUUUGCUUCAGGCAGGCAGAAAAGGGGAUGUGUAAUUGCUUGGUUACAGCUGUAUCAGCACAGGAUCCAUCUGACACAAUCAGUGAGCUCUCGGGCUGGGUCGUGCUCACUCGUGAAUGCAGAUUUUCCAUAUGGUCAGUAAAAAACUGCUGCUAUUUGCCCCUGA